UCACAUUCCAUCUUAGAUUUUCCAUUGUUUAAUUUUAGCUAAAACCGACUAGCAAUCUGUGUGAAAUAAGCAGAUUGGAGGAGGAAAAAUUGAUACAGAAUAAAUAGUAGGCAAGGCAGCACAAUGGAAGACAAGACACCUCGUUACCAGUCAAUAGUUUCAGAAAUUACAGACAGAUGGGGUGGAGUUCAAAAUAGAAUGGAAAUUGAUGUUAAGCCAAUCACCUUGCCUGAUCUGUCAUAUCCAAUGACACUUAGCCGUAGAGAGAACUUCUCUCCUUUCCUGCCACAUCACAGGAAAAUGGCUUCAAGACUAGUGGAAACAUUUCUUGGAAUGCGGACAUAUGAAGAUUUUCUUUCCUUGUCAGUCUAUUGUCGUGAUCGUAUAAAUCCAUACAUGUACACUUACGCAUUGUCAAUUGCAAUGCUUCAUCGUUCAGAUACACAUGAACUUCCUCUGCCACCUCUAACGGAAGUGUUUCCAGACAAGUAUAUGGAUGGUGCAGUUUUUUCACAAGCUCGUCAGGAAGCAAAUGUUGUCAGCAGUGAGAACAGGCUUCCAAUCAUAAUUCCACUGGAUUACACUGCUUCUGAUCUGGAGCCAGAGCACCGUGUUGCAUACUUUCGGGAGGAUAUAGGCAUAAAUUUACUGCACUGGCAAUGGCAUCUUUAUUACCCAUUCUCUGGCAUGAUGGAAAUUGUCAAGAAAGAUCGUCGAGGUGAACUGUUCUAUUAUUUUCAUCAACAGAUCGUAGCAAGGUACAACUUUGAGCGGCUGAGCAACAAGCUUGCUCGUGUAAAACGCUUACUGAAUUGGCACGAACCAGUGGAGGAAGGCUACUUUCCAAAACUUGAUAAUAUCGUUUCCAGCAGAGUUUGGCCCCCAAGGAAUUCAUUUACGACUCUCCGGGACAUAAACAGAGAACUAGAUCAAAUUAAGUUUGAUAUCCAGGAUUUAGAGCGUUGGAGGGACCGCAUCUUUGAAGCUAUCCACAGUGGAUCUGUUAUAAAUGAAAAAAAGCAAAUUGUUGAACUGACAGAAACUGAUGGCAUAGAUAUUCUUGGUAACAUCGUAGAUGCAAGCAUACUGUCUAUCAACCCCAAUCUGUACGGCGAUCUACACAACCUUGGCCAUGUUAUGAUGGGAUUCUGCCAUGAUCCUGAUGCCAGACAUCUCGAAACAUUUGGGGUCAUUGCUGAUCCAGCAACAACAAUGAGGGAUCCUAUAUUCUACAGGUGGCAUGCUUUCAUAGACGGCAUCUUCCAGGAGCACAAGAAGGUUCUUCCUAGGUACACUGUCCAGCAGCUAAGCUUUGAUUAUGUUCAUGUUACUGGUGUUGAAGUCGUAUCAGAGAAAGCUCCAAAGAAUGAAUUUGUCACAUACUGGCAGCAAAAUGAUAUAGAUCUUUCACGGGGACUUGACUUUGCACCACGAGGUCCAGUGUUCGUUCGUUUCACACAUUUGCAGCAUGCACCAUUUGUCACCAAGAUACAAGUUGAAAAUAAAGGACCUCAAAGACCAGGAACUGUGAGAAUUUUCAUGGCACCAAAGUACGAUGAAAGAGGUCUUCCAAUGUUGUUAAGAGACCAGAGAUCCCUCUUCAUUGAAAUUGACAAGUUCUCUGUGCAGUUAAAGAGUGGUAGCAACAUCAUACAGCGCCGUUCAGAUGAAUCAUCAGUAACAAUACCAUUUGAGAGAACAUUCCGCAAUUUGACUGGAGUAGGAGAGUCUCAACAGGUGGCAGAAUAUACCUAUUGUGGCUGUGGAUGGCCACAACACAUGUUGAUACCAAAGGGGCGCCAAGGGGGCCUACCUGCUGAGUUCUUUGUCAUGGUAUCAGAUGGUAGUAUAGACAAGGUUGAACAACCCCCUCCAGAACAAAAUUGUCGUGCAGCUCAUAGUUACUGUGGAUUGCACAAGCGUCUCUACCCAGAUCGCCGCAGCAUGGGCUACCCCUUUGACCGCGUGCCAAGAGACGGUGUAAAUACUUUACGCGAGUUCAUGACACCAAACAUGGGCUUAAUUGAUGUGAAAAUAAGGCAUUAUGAAACCACUGUAGGCCCAGGGCCUGGAAAUGUUCCUGUGCUGCCUCCUAAUCUGAGCAAACUAUGA